AUGGGCCGCGAUCACAAAGAGCACAAGCGUCAUCGAUCCCGUUCCAAAGAGCGGAAAAGGAGCCGAAGCCGUUCUCCACGUCGGGACCACCAUGAAAGACGGCGUCGAGAUCGCUCCCGGGACCGGGAUUACGAUAGGAGAGAUCGUGGUAAACAGAGAGACGCAGACAGGCAGAAGCAGAAGGAAAAAGAGAAGGAAGCAAGCAAAUCAGCGGUUUUUGAGAUGGAAGAGAGUAGUAAUGCGAUAGACCCGAGUUCGAUCCUCGCUCGAGGCACCGGAUUUUUGAAUAGGACGAAAAAAGGCCGAAAAUUGGAAAAAAUUUCAGAUGUCAACGACGUCAUCGAAAUGAAGCAAUUCGAUUUGGAGAAGGAAAUGGAGCGUCGCCGGCGGAACGUGGAGCUUUGGAGGGCCAAAAAGAAGAAGGAAGAGCUGGAUCAGGCGUCUGAACAACAGGAAGAAAAUGAUAAAAAGUCCAAAAAGAAGGCGUGGAAUCUAGAAGACGAGGAUGACGAAGAUGAGUUUGAUUUAGGCUCAAAUGGCUCAAAAUCGGUUGAAAACCCAGAAGAAACGACGAAAAAGCCGGAAAAAACAGAAAAAAUGGAGGUAGACGACGACGAUGAGGACCCUCUGGAAGCCUAUAUGGCUCAAAUUUCGUCCCAGAACGCGAAAAAAUCGAAAAAUCCAGUUAAUCAGAUAUCAGGAAUCGUCACUAUCAUCCAAGAAGAAAAACCGGAGAAAGAGAAGGGACAAGUGCUGGAAAACGAGGAUAAUAUGGAUAUGGUCAUUGAUGAUUUCGAUAUUGAAACUGCUGCUGCUUCGUUGUGUCAUAAGGGACGGAUGUUGGCACAAACCGAUCAUUCAAAAGUCUAUUAUCGGAAAUUCAAGAAAAAUUUUUAUAUUGAGACUGCCGAAAUCCAAAAAAUGACAAAAGCCGAAGUGAAAGCGUACCGCGAGGAGCUGGACAGCAUCACCGUCAAAGGAAUCGAUUGCCCAAAACCAAUCAAAACGUUCGCUCAAUGUGGUCUAAAUCUCAAAAUGAUGAAUGUCUUGAAAAAGCUGGAUUAUUCAAAGCCCACCUCGAUUCAAGCUCAAGCUAUCCCAGCGAUUAUGUCAGGAAGAGAUGUGAUUGGAAUUGCAAAAACCGGUUCUGGAAAAACGCUCGCCUUCCUUCUACCAAUGUUCCGUCACAUUCUUGAUCAACCUGAGCUUGAGGAGGGCGAUGGACCCAUCGCAGUGAUUCUAGCGCCAACCAGAGAGCUGGCUAUGCAAACGUACAAGGAGGCUAACAAGUUCGCAAAGGUUCUGGGUCUCCGUGUAGCUUGUACCUACGGUGGUGUGGGAAUCUCCGAACAGAUUGCUGAUUUGAAACGUGGCGCCGAGAUUGUGGUUUGUACGCCUGGCCGAAUGAUCGAUGUGCUGGCUGCGAAUAGUGGGAAAGUGACCAAUUUGAGGAGAGUGACGUAUUUGGUACUGGAUGAAGCCGAUCGAAUGUUUGAUAAGGGUUUUGAGCCACAGAUCAUGAAAGUGGUCAACAACAUUCGCCCCGACAAGCAAACCGUUCUCUUCUCCGCCACAUUCCCUCGUCACAUGGAAGCUUUGGCACGGAAAGUUCUCGAUAAACCCGUCGAAAUUCUCGUCGGCGGAAAAUCAGUCGUCUGUUCGGAUGUAACCCAAAACGCCGUGAUCUGCGAAGAGCAUCAGAAGCUUCUGAAGCUCCUAGAGCUUCUCGGAAUGUACUAUGAGCAAGGAUGCUCAAUUGUGUUCGUUGAUAAGCAGGAGAAGGCCGAUGAUAUUGUUGACCAGCUCAUGAAGACCGGAUAUAACUCAGUGGCCCCUCUGCAUGGAGGAAUUGAUCAACACGAUCGAGAUUCAUCGAUUGCCGACUUCAAGACAGGAGUGAUCAAAGUGCUAGUCGCCACAUCAGUAGCCGCCAGAGGUCUCGACGUUAAGAAUCUGAUUCUAGUAGUCAAUUACGAUUGUCCGAAUCACUACGAAGAUUAUGUGCAUCGUGUUGGACGGACUGGAAGAGCUGGACGGAAGGGAUACGCCUACACCUUCGUACUACCCGAACAUCAGGAAAAAAUGGCAGGAGAGAUCUGCAGAGCUUUCGAAACUGCUGGAGUUAAGCCACCUGCGGAUCUAAAAGCCAUGUUUGAGAGGUUUAAAAAGGAAAUGGAGGCUGAGGGAAAGCAGGUGCACUUGGGAGGGAAAGGAUUCGAAGGACACGGAUACAAAUACGAUGAGGGAGAGGCUGAAGCGGAUGCGAAUAAGAAGAAAAUGGCGAGAUUGGUGCACGGAAUGGAAGCUGGCGGUGAGGACGAAGACGAUCUGGAUGAGCAAUUAUCGUCAAUGAUCAAAACAAAACGACGAGUCGUGCACGGAAAACCGACAUCAGAGAAACCGACGACGUCUGGAAAUUCGAAAUCCGAUCGAGAAGCGGAGAAGAGAAAGGAUGCGGCGAAGCUGAAGGCCGAAGAAAUUAGUUCUCGUCUAAAAACGGCUCAAAACACGAUUCAGCCAAUCGAAAAAACGGCUACCCAGUUGACGGCAGAAGCUGUGAUUCGUGGAAAAGACGUGGCGCCGGUUCAGAUUAGUACGGCUAUGCUGGCAAAGGAGAAGGCGCAGAGGUUAAAUGAGAAGCUCAAUUAUUUGGGAGGAGAAGCGGCUCCAACAGAGAAGCAAGAAGAAGCGUGGGAAUAUUUCGAAGAGGAAUGGGACAUCAACGAUUUCCCCCAACAAGUCCGCUACAAAAUUUGCUCGAGAGAAUCGGUCGGACACGUGGCCGAACUCGCCGAAGUCGGAAUUUCGGUCCGAGGAGUGCACGUACCGCCUGGAAAGGAGCCGAAAGCUGGAGAGCGGCGUCUGCAUUUAUUGUUGGAGGCGAGAAGUGAGAGGAAUUUGAAAGCGGCCAAAGAGGAGAUUAUUCGAAUUAUGAAGGAGGCGUUUAGACAAUUGACCGCCCAAAUCCAACGAGGAGGCACACAGGCCAGAUACAAAGUCUGA